AUGUCGAAGGCAAACAUCGAUGUGGAGAAGGUCCUCAGUGGCAAGUAUCCGGCCAAAGCGCAUGCUAAACGCGUGGUCGAAUACAUCCGAACCAAGAUUCCUGAUGCUACUGGUGUCCUGUACCUUGAAGGACGCCCAGAUAAGCUAUUGGAGGACUGCGAUGAACCUGUCCCCUUCAGACAACGGAGACCUUUCUUUUAUCUGACUGGAGUGGACGAAGCCGACUGCUUCUUCAUCUACGAUAUCGAAACUGCGCACUCGACUCUUUUUAUCCCUCCCAUAGACCCCGACUCCGUUAUCUGGUCCGGUUUACCACUUUCUGCCGAGGAGGCUUUAGCGAAGUACGAUGUCGACGCUGUUCUUCCGUCUACCGAACUCAAUCCAACGCUCGUUAGACUUGGAGGCCGACCCAAGUCUACCGUUUUCGCUAUCGCCGAUCGCGUUUCGGAUGAAGUGACGUUCCUCGAGUUUAACAACAAGGACUUCACGAUUCUAGGCGAGGCUGUCGACGAAUCCCGAGUGGUCAAGGAUGAGUACGAAAUUGCUCUCAUAAAGAAGGCCAACGAGAUUAGUGGCGCUGCUCACAAGGCCGUCCUCGAGAACGUGAAGAAGGCCAAGAACGAAUAUGAGCUUGAAGGUGCUUUCAUAGGCACGAGUAUUCAAUACGGGGCCAAGAAACAGGCGUACCCUAGUAUUGUUGCUAGCGGGCGAGCUGCGGCUACUCUGCAUUAUGUUCACAAUGACAAGGACCUGACGGGCAAGGACUUGUUGCUUUUGGAUGCGGGCGCCGAGUGGAGCAAUUAUGCCGCUGACAUCACGAGAACUUUUCCUAUCUCUGGAAAAUUCACAGAAGAAUCUCGCGCCAUAUACGAGAUCGUUCUUCAGAUGCAGGCAGACACGAUUGCCGUAUUAAAGGAGGGUGUCUCGUGGGAUGAAGUACACCUACUCGCGCACAAGGUCGCCAUCGACGGUUUAUUGUCUUUGGGUGUGUUGAAGGGCAAUCGAGAGGAGAUUCUCGAAGCUCGUACUAGCACGGCAUUCCUACCUCAUGGUCUAGGCCAUUACCUUGGGUUAGAUACUCACGAUACCGGAGGUCACCCGAAUUACUCAGACCCCGAUCCGAUAUUCAGGUACUUGAGAGUCCGACAGAAUCUACCUGCCGGGAGUGUGAUUACUGUAGAACCUGGUAUCUACUUUUGCGAAUUCAUAAUCAGGCCAUACCUUAAGGAUCCGAAGCACUCGAAAUAUAUCGACGAAAAGGUACUAGAUAAGUACUGGGAUGUUGGUGGUGUGAGAAUCGAGGACAACCUCCUAAUCACGAAAGACGGUUCUAUUAACUUGACUGACGCCGUCAAGGAUCCCGAUGAGUUGGAGAAGAUUAUCUCCAGCAGCUAA